AUGUUGAAGUCGGAUCUAUCGGUGGUAACGCUGCAAUCGCUACAAGCAUCCUUUGUGAGCUGUCGGUUUCUGAUUAUGGAUGAAAAGUCGAUGAUUGAUCUCAAGAGGCUCUCUUUCAUUGACGGUCGACUACAGGCCAUCUUUCCAGGCGCUUCCGACACCCUCUUCGGGGGGUUAAAUGUCUUAUUAUGUGGAGACUUCUUCCAACUUCCGCCCGUGGGAGGGAAGUCACUCUUCUCUCGGUCCCCGACACAAGUCGACACCGUCAAGGGCCACCAACUCUACCAGGCAUUCAAUCGUGAGUUACGAAUCUCCCAGUUAUCCAAGGAGAGCUGGGAACUCUUACGAACGCGGAUUGCAAAUGGCCUGUCCCCCACGGAGGUGGCCACUUUUGACUCGGCUCUACGCCUAUACUUUACCAAUUCGGAGGUGAAAGAGAUGAAUGGUAAGAAACUGUCCGGUAUCGGUCAGCCUGUGAAGAAAGUUCUAGCCUGGCAUAAGGGCCGAAAUGCGGCCAAGGCAUCGGAGGAGACCGACAACCUCUGCCCGGAAAUCAAGGUCUGUAUUCAGGCCCGCGUGAUGCUCACGACGAAUCUCUAG